UCGAUGGCUUAUGAAGUACCCUUCAGAUCCCAUGGAGCGGUAGCAAGUGAAAUGAUAUGUUCCUGGAAUAAUCAAUUAUACGGUGCAUAUCAAGAGGAUCUUAUUGUGGGAUCAAAUAGUUAUUAUACUGCUGAUCCUAACAUCCGACCAUUGGAUCUUUCCCAUCUCCAGUUGGCCAGGAACUUGACUCAGCAUAUUCAACAUUGGUUGUCAAAGUUGCCAACAGCAAGUCUAUUCUAG